AUGACGGCAUCACGUGAGACAUGGGGUAAUACGUACGACUUUAUAGUGGUGGGCGCCGGGGCUGCGGGUGCUGUGGUGGCCAACAAACUCAGUGAAUGCAAGUCAGUGCGGGUGCUAUUACUUGAAGCAGGAGGUGCUCAAAGUGCCACAUAUAAUGACAUCCCCGGGAUGUUUAACUACAUAUACAGGGAUGGCAUCAAUUAUUGGCCCUAUUAUUCUGAGCCCAGCCCUAACUAUGGACAAGGAUACCCUGGUGGUCGGGUUAUGGAGCCCAGGGGUAAAACAUUAGGGGGUAGCACUACACAUAAUAAUAUGGUGUUUAAUCGGGGUAAUCGUGGCGAUUAUGAUGACUGGGCCAACAUAUACGGUGCUGUCGGUUGGAGUUAUAAGGAUUUGUUGCCAGUGUUUAAGGAAUGGGAGAAUAAUACCGAUCCUUAUAUAGUGGCAAAUAAUCCGGGAUAUCACGGGACCAGU